AUGAGAAUAUUUCGAAAAUACAAAAGCAAUAUUCAUGAAAAAGGAUUUGUUCACCGUGAUUUUCAUUCAGGCAAUAUAUUAAAAGGAGAUGGUUUUGAUGCUUUGAUUACAGAUUUGGGUUUAAGUAGACCAGCAGACCAAGAUCAAAAAGAUAAUACGAUACAUGGGGUCUUACCAUAUGUAGCUCCUGAAGUUUUAAUGAAAAAUAAGUAUACAGAAAAAUCUGAUAUUUAUUCACUUGGAAUGAUUUGUUAUGAAGUUAUCGCUGGAAUCCCACCUUUUCAUGAUGUUCCUCAUCAAGCACAUUUGGCUUUUGAUAUUAUUAAGGGACUUAGGCCAAAAUUUAAAAUUAAAGUACCUAAAAAGAUUCAUGAAAUGAUAUAUGAAUGGUGGCUAGACCUUGAUGUACCAAACUUUGAUUCAGAAUUUUAUAAGCAAUAUGAUGAAGCAGAUACUGAUAAACAUGAUCUUACCGAUUUACAGGAAUCAACAAAUAACCAGCUUGUAUAUACAACUCAUGUACAAGCAGUGUAUAGAAGUAGAGUUUUGGAUAUUCCAAGUUCAAUGCUAUGUGAUGAUGAAGGCAUGUAA